UAUCGUAAUGCGUUCAGGAAUCUUAUGGUAUGUGUUUCGAUGAGAUUACAUGUGACAGUUCGGCGGUGAUUUUGAGCAUAUGAAAAUGACGACAUGCGUUCGCGAUUCGAAUCUUUCGCGAAUUGUCGUCGCGUUGAUUCUGUGUUUCGGAUAUUUUCAUGUUUCCGCAGCCGUGGAAGCCGAGAUUCGACUCGAUGUAGAAGGAAGUGGAUUUCAUAGAACGUUGAUAUACCAUGUGACUUUCAAAAAACUCACAAAUGACGACUGUCCAGUUGCGAUAUACCAAGAAUUACCUUCGGUUGUGCAUGUCAAUGUGGACGAAAUAGCAGAAUUGAGGAGGCGAGGGAUGAGUACAAUAUGCUCCAUGGGUGAAACCAAUGUCGAGUCAUUUGCAGAAAAGUCAGGAUGGCAGAAUGUCACAACAUGUGGAUCUAUAAUGUCAUUGUCCAGCUACAUCUUGACAAUCCCUGUUCAUCAACGUUAUCAGUACUCUCGAGAAACUGGUGGCUCUGUGAGCGUAACUUUGCCAAUGCCAAGGUUGCUGCUGGGAUGCCAAAAAAGGCUCAAAGAUCACAGAAUAUCCAAGAUAAACCUAUGCGAUCCAUGCGUUGGCUUGGCAGCAAAAUGGCGAGAAAUUCCGUAUAAUGUAUCGAAUAGCGAGAGUUACGAGUGGUCAAUACCAGUUGGUGACUCAUCCCUCUUGACACUCGUCACUUAUGUGACUUUGUUGUUCACUGCUGUUGGUGCAAUACUCAUUGUGUGUGCCAUUCAUGUCAAUGUAUCAAAAAAUCAUCUGAAGCAAGACUGAACUAACACUUAAGCAUAUCUUAAGGAAAUCUCAGGGAACAGCGGCAGUUUUAUAUUUACAGAGGUAUGCCAGGAUGUUCGGAGGGCGAGUCCUUGCCGAUCAGAUAGAGGACAAUAGCGCAGAGAAUGCAAAUGCCGCCCCAGGUGUAAAAGCAGCUGGGCCAACCGACAGACGAUGCCGAGAGAUAGCCGGAACUCAGAAGGGAUAUUACGUUGCCGAUCCAGCCACCGGAAUAGACGAACGUCC